AUGUUAGAAAAAAAGUUUGCUGACAUUGACAAGAAAUUUGAGAAUGUUUUAAACAAGAACAAGAGGAAGUUAGAAAAUGCUCAGAUAAAGCCUAUACAUGACAAGUUCUUAUUUGCUCAGAAUGGUAUAACAGGUCUAAUCGCACCACCUGGGUCGGGUAAGACUUUCACUUAUCUUAAAAUGGCUGCACAACAACAAGAACUAGAUGAGAAGAGCCCAUUUUAUGAGUUAGUUGUUAUUUGUAGUACUUCUGGUCAAUUCGAUCAAACCGUCAAUUCGUUCAAAGAUAUUAUAAAGAAGUCUAAGUUAGUAUGUAUAAAGGAUACUGAGUUGUUAGAUUGGAUAAAGAAGUACCAAAGAAGAGUUUUGAAGUACAAUGCUAUAAAUGAGUAUGUCAAUUCUAAGUUUAAAGACCCAAAUGAGGAAAUGCAGAGAAUAUUAGAGAAGAAACACUUCAGAAACAAACAGAAAGAGAUAGAAUACAUUUCGAAGAAAUUGCAAUCUUACGAUUGGAAGACUUACCCUCACAGAUGUCUUCUUAUCUUAGAUGACUUUGCUUCUCAUCCUUUGUUAAAGAAUAGAGAACAAGACAU